UAUUUGAUGUUAUUGCUGACUUGUUAUUGGAGAAAUCGUCGGAGGACGCUACCAACAUCUGACUUUGGGGCAAGGCGUAGUCUGCGUUGUGACUUCUUUCGGCUUAUUUUGUUUUGUGGGCCCGCAGGCGCCUCAUUUGUUUAACUGUAUUAACGCUAAAAGCAUUUUUAUGGCCUCAGCAUUGUUCGCAUGCACAAGAUGCAACGCAAGGCACCCAUUCGAAGAACUUUCUCAAGGGCAACAGCUCUGUAAAGACUGCCGAGGCGCUUUUCCCAUCGUCAAGUGCACCUACUGCCGAACAGAAUUCCAACAAGAAAGUGGCAAACUCGGAACAGUGGUCAUCUGCAAGAAGUGUGAGCAGAAUGUGAAAGCCUAUGGAAAGCCGACAGCAUGUGAAUACUGCAACAUCAUUGCUGCUUUCAUCGGCAGCAAAUGCCAGCGAUGUACCAACUCAGAGAAAAGAUACGGACCUCCUGUGAGCUGCGAGCAAUGCAAGCAACGCUGCGCUUUCGACCGUAAGGAUGAUAGUCGCCGAAAGGUUGAGGGCAAGCUGCUCUGUUGGCUGUGCACGUUGUCAUACAAGAGGGCCGUGGCCAAGACCAAACACAAUGACCCCAUGCGGCAUACGGCACUUGGCAAGGCCACCUUGACAUCGCACCACAGCCACCACCACCAUGGCCAUCACCACCACGGCCACCAUCACCACCGGUCAUCAUCAGGCUCUGCUGCUGGGGGUACGAACACGGCUUCCUCAGCAGGACAGAACCAUCACCACCACCGGAAGCACUCCCAUUCCUCCUCAUCGCUCUCGAACCACAAGGUUGGCAGUGAACAUGGUAGCGUCAAAAGGCCACGGCUGGACCCAGCUAAGUUGGCCAAUGGAAGUACCCCUCUAAGGAGCACGCCAGAGACUAGUGGUUUGUUGGACCCAAACAGCAGCGAUCACGUAGUGGUGUUGACACAGUUGCGUGAGCAGGUCUCCUCCCUGCAGAAGCAGUUGAGCCUCAAGGACCAGCAGCUGCUUGCCAAGGACAAGCAGAUUGCAGAGCUCAAGGCUUACAUGUCUUCGGAUGAACGCAAUCAUCGAGCAAAGCUGCUGGCAGAGCAGAAGAAGCAUUCGGAAGUGGUCCAAGACCUCACGAACAAGCUGCUGACACUGCAGAAACAGAUUGCAGCCAAGGCCAAGAGCAAUCGAAAGAACACAGUGGCAACAGACAGCCCAUCUUCCCUGAUCACGUGACGGAAGUGUCCCACAUUUUGUCUCCCACUUUCUUUGCCCAGCUUAACUGGAAAAAGUGGUUGUUAUCCAAUUUCUUCGCCAUCGCUCAUCUUUGCCAUUUUAUUUUCCUUCUCCCUCCUCUCCCCCAGCCCUCUUAUCAGCAGGCGAUAUCAUCUCAUCUCUCUAUUGUUGUUUUUUAAGUUUUGUAGCAGUUGUGCGGGAUUUUGUGAUGUGCAACCCACAUUCAUUUAGGUGCCGGUUCUCGAAUCAAGUCCUAAGCUUUGGUGAUUGGAAUGGCAGUGGAGUACUUUGAUGGUUUUACAGCCGAGCUCAUGGAGCGAAAGUCUUCAGCUGCAGAAUCUCGGCACUCCCUUUUACAAUCAUGGGCCAGUUGCUUCCAGCCUUGUCCGUUGCAAGAACAGGUGGUCUUUAAUACCUCCUCCCCCCCCCCCCUCCCCCCCUGUGUACAUCUGUUUGUCUCCUGCAGGUGCACAAGAUGGGUGCUCUGUGUAGUUAACGUAGGCAGAUAAGGCAAGUAGUCCCGAGUACACAUCUGAGGUCCUUGCUGCCCAGGCGUGACACGUUUGGCAUGUGCCGUAUCACUUUGUGAAAUGUCUGCUGCCAAGGGCGCCAAUUCACUUUCAAAAAGUAUCCUAUUGCCUCGCGAUAAUGUGCAUGCCUGCACAUUUAGUGCUGACAGAAGGGCAACCUAUUGAAAUUCACUUGGUGGCUCUACAGAUCCACUGUACGUACGUACCAUUGCAUUCUUAUCUGCGGUCAAGACUUAUACGAGACUGAUGAUCCCUUGAGAGAUUGACAGGGUCUUAAAAUUUGGCAUAGAUUCUGUACAGUCAAAAAAUACAACAUGGUUGCUGCUGGAUUUUUUUAUGUAGUUGGGAACAGUUGUGCCCGGUUCAUUAGUGUAGUGAGUGACAACUGGGCUGGAUAAUGGUGACUUGUAGUGUUGCCGUGGUUUCAGGCUUGGAUUGUCUUUUAUUUCUUGCCUAAGUAAUGAACAGGAGUUCAUCUUUGUUUAGAUGCCCUGUACUGGUCAUGUGGUAGAAUGUUUUCAGUGGUUCUGGUCUGUAGUGACAUUUUCUGCUGAGGUUUUCGGUGGCAACUAGGCCUGCAUAACUGAUUUUGGGCCACCAUUAAUUUAAGUACGGGCACAUUAUGGACCGAUUUUUAUCCCUUUGUUAAGGGACGUGGCCGAGAAACUCCCGAGUGUUUUAAGGAGGGUAGUACAUACUCCAUUGCCAUAUUGACAUGCUGUUGAUUGGGUUUUAAUGGUGACAAGUCAAAGUGUGGUGAUCCCAUUAGCGCAAUUCAGCGCUAUACUGCCAAAACUGGCAAGCUGUAGGGUUUUAGUCCUCGUGUGGAGCCUGCAGGGCCCACUUCAUCUUACUGUUGUUUUAGUUGAACGUCCACAUUUACACACACAGGCGUGUAUCAGUUUCCAUGAGACGAUAGUUUCGUAAUGUGUUUGUUUUUUCCCAGAAUUGUUCAGGUCUGUGUUAAGAAACCACACUUCACCUUGUGUUUUUAUUUUCUUACGAAGUCUUCCUUUGUCUACUGUCAGGCGACAGGCUUAUUUGUAGAAGACAUGUCAAAAUCAUUUUCAUUCUUGUUUCAUAUAUAUCUUGUGGAACCUCUAUAUUAAAAUGUUUUGCUCGAAGCAGGCUGGCCAGAGUGGAAUUAAGAAGUGAUUUGCGAGUGUCAUGGUGUUAGUACUUUUCAGUGGGUGAAGAGGAGUACCCAAGUGUUAUACUCUUAAAAAGCAGUUGCAAGGGCUUGGUGACGCCGCAAAGAUUGACACGAGCUCUUGUGAGAGUGCUAUAGGAGCUAUUCUGAGUAAUCCUGUAUGCUCACUGAAAGAAAACACCACUGAAGUGGAAUUAAGAACUGGUUUGUGCAAGCAUUGUGUGGUCAGCAUGUGCCAUGGAUUGUGCUACUUGAUUGUGUCAUGCAACUGUGAGUGCCAGUCUGCUUCAGCAGUCAUUCUUGCAAAGUUUGUUUGCAACAUUGUACAUUCUAAAAAUGGUAAAAACAAUAAAUUUAUUCAGCGAAAA